AUGGCCUCGGACCACCAUCUGCCAUCCCACACUGCAGGGACGGAGGACGACAUCCCGCAACUGGCACGCAUGCUGCCACGACGAAAACAUGUCGCUGUUGUUCUGCGUGAAAUCGACUGGAAUGCAUCCACCUCGGCGUGUGCAACGCCUCUGGCCACUGUGACCACAUGGUUGGGGAUGCACCGAGGCACCGUACGGGCGGCAAGUCGCACCACACCGCGCGGCAGCCGUGAAAGCUCCAGAGGAAUUAGUACGGACGGAAUGGAGCAUGCCGAGUGUGUUGCAGCGGCAGCAUGGAACGCGCACACAGCCUCACCGGGAGAAAGACUGCCCGAGAUGAAGUUGUCCGAAAACGGGAGUACUGCAAUCAUGCCCUCCGUCGUGGCUUCUCCAUGCAGCUAG